UUUUCCUGUUUUUUUGCGUCAAGCAUGGAUGUGUUGGCGAAUUACAGUAUUUUCCAGGAACUCCAACUCGUUCAUGACACUGGUUAUUUCUCUGCGAUGCCUUCCCUGGAGGAGAACUGGCAGCAGACAUGUCUGGAGCUGGAGCGGUACCUACAGACGGAGCCCAAGCGACUCUCAGAGCUCUUUGAUGAGGAGCUGGACUGUCUCUUAACGCCGGCCUUCAUGCAGGGUGGUGACAGUGAUGAGGACCUGAUGGACCCCCUCCUCCCCAGCCUCCCUGACCAGCCCAGCCCCCCCCCACUACUGGUAGCUCUCCCCAAGGUCCAGACCAAAAUCCUCCAGGUGCCGAACCCCAGCAAGAUCCAAGCAGAGGCAGGGACCGAAACCCUCACACCAAAGGACCAAGUCCUCGCAGGCGUCAGUGCCGCACAGCUUAGCGCCGCAGUCACGUCCCUAACGCCGCCAUCGUCACCGGAGCUCGGACGCCACCUCGUCAAACCCACACAAACACUGACUGCAACGGCAGAUGGCACACUAACGCUCAAACUUGUGGCGAAGAAGGUAGGGUUAGGGGCAGCUAAACUGGUGGCAGCACGGGCGUUACCCUCACCGCCGAGCCGAGGAGGAGCCCUCAGUGACAGUGAGCAGGGAGGAGGAGGAAGUCUGGGAGGAGACGUACCGGAGAACAAAAAGAGAGUCCAUCGGUGCCAGUUUAAUGGCUGCAGGAAGGUUUACACCAAGAGCUCCCAUCUGAAGGCACAUCAGAGGACUCACACAGGUGAGAAGCCCUAUAAGUGCUCAUGGGAGGGCUGUGAAUGGCGUUUUGCCCGCAGUGACGAGUUGACACGACACUACCGCAAACACACCGGAGCGAAGCCGUUCAAGUGCAACCACUGCGACAGGUGUUUCUCCCGGUCAGACCACCUGGCCCUGCACAUGAAGAGGCACAUCUGAGGGCAAGAAGAGCAGGAGUGGGAGAGGGGAAGAAGCAAGAGGAGGAAGAGGAGGAGAGAUAGGAGGAGAGAGGGAUGGGCAGUCGAGCUACCAACCGCCCGCCUCGUUCACCCCGUCUGUAAACCAGUCGGCGGCCAUGACACCCUCAGGGCCGCGCAUCCACCCGGGGGGGCCGUAAAGAUCGAACGGACUGACGGCCCUCUCACUGGAGACGGGGAUUGGAGGAAGAGGAGGAGUAGCUAGAUUGUUGUUUUUCUUUAAAAUUACACACUCACACACUUGCAAUAGUUAACACUCCACACGCCCGUCUUUGAACGCAUCAUCCCGGUGAACCCCGGCCGCUCUCAUGUGGCUCUGGGGCCUUGGACACUGCCAAACCAACAUACGCUUUACUCGCUUGAUUAGACUUUACGCCGCCUUUUUUAUUUCUCUGUAGUCAGUGUGUUUAAACCAUAAAGCCACCGGGUGAGGAGAUUAAAUAUCCAUAUAGUCAGUUGUUAGUGCUCUACCGGUUUUUGAGAUCAAAUACUCAACUUUUUUCUUUGUUUUUUAAUGCUUCUCAUGUACGGAACAUCAGAAACCAUCAUCUGCCGCGGUCAGCUUCAGUAAUCUAUGUGAAGAAAACAACAAUGCCAGGUCUGCAGGAGAGAGACUGUACAGAUUGACUUCUAGCAUGGCUGACAAUCGCACCCAGGGCCCGGACGCCGGGUGCUUCGGUGCACCCGCGGGACCUCGGUCAGCUCUCAGGCUCUCCUCCAGUGGGUGUCUGCAUCUCUCACCUUCACUGAGACGCCUGCCGCCUCCACAGGCCAUCUGACAGAAAUGCGCAGCGACACUUUCUUCCCUUUUUUUCUACUUAGAGGACGAUAAUUCUUCUUAUUGUUGUUACUACAAAGAAUGACACUUUGUUCUUUUCUCGCUCGGAGAAAAUGUCUUAAAACUCACUGAAUUGUGUUCGGAGAAAAACAAAAACUGAAAAUCUGAGAUGACUUCAACAGAAUGUGUGGGAUGAGGAGGAGAGCGUUGUUGGUCUUUUAAUCCCCAUGUGCGCUGGCUGUGCUUCUGCAGUCUG